AUGUCGAAACCAGCAGAACAAGGUCAACAGACGCUCGCUANNGUCGACCUCGGAUCGCUCUCAGUCCAACAACUCUCCCAAGUCAAGAAACAGCUCGAUGAAGAAACACAAUCCCUGACAAACUCAUACGCCCAACUGCGCGCCGCCCAGCAAAAGUUCCGCGACUGCAUUGCCUCAAUUACCGCCGGUGUCGCAAACUCGGUCGCCGACAAGCCAUUGCUGGUUCCCUUGACUUCUUCGCUCUACGUCCCUGGCACACUAGCAAGCACCGAGACUGUUCUGGUAGAUGUCGGAACUGGUUUCUAUGUCGAAAAAACAACCGAGCAGGCAAAGAAGUUCUACGAGGCAAAGGCGGAAGAGUUGGGAAAGAAUGUCAAGGAUCUCGAAACUAUUGUCCAGGGCAAGAACCAGAACUUGAGGUUGAUUGAAGAAGGUACGCAUGAACAAGAAGACUUGCCACUCAUUUGCGCAACAAACGGUAGCUAACACGAAUUGCAGNUCAUGCGUCAAAAGGUCCUCGCAAGCAACCAGGCCUCAGGAAGCGCUUCCGCCUCGUCAUAG